AUGGGCUGCUUCACUUCUAAAUCAUCACAUCAGCCAAAUAUCACUAAUAGCCCAGUAAACCAGCCUGCACCACAACCUAUACCACAACCACCUCCACAGCAGCCUCAAAGGCCUCCCUUGGCACCUCGCCAAAAUCAAAAACCCGCAUCCCAAGAUGCCAAAAUAAAAGUGGAAUCUAAAUUAACCCCUGACCAAGUAAAAGCAAGUGAUUUUACACCUGCAAGUACUCAAAAAGGAAUUUUUCCUUAUAAUUGUCCCAUAUGUUUUAAAUAUCUAUCUAAUAUUUUAGUUACACAAUGCUGCAAAAAUUACAUUUGCCAUCUUUGCAUUUCAGAGCUGCAAAACAAGCAUGUGAAUUUUGAAAUAGCAUGCCCGCAUUGCAAAGCGCAGCCACUUAUAGUGGAAGAUGUAGAUUUAAGCGUAUCUGUUAAGCGGUAUUUUGAUUCGCCUUAUGGGACACUUACUUCUUUAAAAAAAUAAUUAUAAAAAAAAAUUAAAAAACAUUUUUUUUUAAAAAAAAUAAAAAUAUGUUUUGUGAUGGGGAAUUAAUAACAAUACAAAUCAAGGGAAUAAGUGGAUAACUCAGCUGCCUAUGAUAGGUGAAGACAAAGAUGAUAUUGAUUUGAAAGAGAAAGAAAACAAUAAAAGCUUUAUAGUUGAGCCAGAAGAGCAUCAAAUAGCUCUAAAUCUUUAUGCAACUUCAUAA